AUGAGCUUCGAACUUACAUUCUUGGGUGCCUCGGGCGGGCCCAUCGAGCUGGGCACCUGUGGCCUCAUGUUAAAGCCUGCCAAUGUCUCCUAUCAAGAAAUUAUUGAUGACGACCACUCGAACCCUCUCUUGAUGAUAGACGGAGGCUCUGGCGCCUAUGCAUUAGCGGAGAUAAUCCGAGAUGCUUCAUCGGUGCUGUCCAGACUCUUGCUGUUGUAUCCUGACUCACUAGAGGUGAGGGACUACUUUGAGUUGGACAUGACCCAUCCUUUUCGAUCAGUGGAGGAUAUACCACUUGUUGCUCUGAAGAAAAUCUUCGGCAGACUCAAGUCCAUGCUCUUGACGCAUCCGCAUUUAGACCAUAUUCUGGCUUUAGUUAUCAAUCUGGCCGGCUUUCCUGUUUGCAACAUGCCUCGAAAGUUGACCGUGUACGGCUCAGACUUCACCGUUGGUGCUCUUCGAAAGCAUGUUUUCAACGGAAUCAUUUGGCCCGACUUGACUGCUGCCAACUUAUUUGAUUUCCAAAGCAUUCCCUUCAAACUGGAGUUACUGCUCAAUAACGACUACUAUACUGUCACCAUGAUGGAGCUUAGCCAUGGGCACCUACAUCUUGGAGCUCCAGGGUCCAUGUAUCCUUCUCUGGCGUUUCUAGUGCGAGACAACACAACCGACGCUAAGAUCUUGGUGUUUGGUGAUUUCGAGGCUGACUUGGUGCUGGGAACCAACAUAAAUCGCCAGUUGUGGAAGCACGUAGCUCCAUUUAUAGUUGAUGGGAGCUUGAAAGCGGUGGUACUAGAGUGCUCCUCACUGACGGUUGCCUCAGGUACGGAAUUGUAUGGUCAUUUGAUGCCUCCACAUCUAAUAAGCGAAAUGAAGACGUUGGCUUCGCUUUGCCUGCUGCAAACUACGAAAAAGCCUUUGGAUGGACUACAGGUUAUAGUCACCCAUGUCAAGGAGUCAGAUUUUGGUGAUCCUCGGCGGAAGAUAUUACAUGAACUACGCGAACUAAACGAGAAGUCUGGUUUGGGGCUCCGAGUUUCAAUAGCAGUGAGUGGUGUGCUGGUGGUUGUAUAA